AUGUCAACCAACGCGACGACACAAACAACCGUGGGUGAGGCUGGACCUGCCUCCAGCACCUUCAACGCCGGCUACCUCGUGCUGGUCAUUAGUGUCGCCACUGCCGCCACGGCAGUAUACUACUACUUGAAGUGGAGGUCCAAGUACUACGACCCACUCCUGCCCAAUGAGGUGGUUGGAGAUUUGGAAGGACACACGCGAGAUAGCUUGGAGGACAGCGCCGUGGAAGCUACGAAAUGGACAUGCGGCGUAUGCGAUUUUCACAACGCAGUCGACCAAAGCUCGUGUCUCUUGUGUGCCACAGCCCAAGGUGUGUAUGUGUUGGAAUCACCAGCAUUUGCCACUGGCACCGGCACGACCGUUCGUGAAGAUCAACUGAAUGCUGUUCAAUCCUGUGCAAGGUACAAUGCAUCCUUUGUACAUUUUCUUGCUAUAUAUGGACAUAUUCGUAGACGACGCAAGCAGUGGCGACGACAUCGAGACGCCGCCACUGGAGUUUGGGAAUGGGUCACCGAUAUCUCGACGUCCCAACCACACUAUUUAGUGGUCACGUCCUCCUUAUCCCAUCAGAUUGAAUGGUCGACGUUGGCCCGAGCGUCGGCAGGGAUAGACGUCCUCGGCCACCACCUGCCUACGUGGUGGUCGCACGUGUUGGACCAGCUACGCCAGGAACCAUUCGCCUUCAAAUAUGCGUGGCUGGUGGGGCAUCUCAAUGCUACCUACACUGGCCACGUCAAGUUUACCGUGACUCGGGCUGGCAUUCUGGAAGAAUCCCUCCAAGUCCUGAGUCAGUUGCCGCGGCACCAGCUGUGUUCGUUUACGAGCAUCGCGCUGAGGGGCGAAGUUGCACUUGAUGCAGGGGGCGUUGCACGAGAGUGGUACACGUUGCUCUCGAACGCCAUUUUGGACACAAGUAAUGGGCUGUUUAUGGUCUCCAACAAGGACGACCAGUCGUUCUUUAUCAAUCCCAACUCGGAAAGAGACCACGGCCCCAACCACUUGGCAGACUUUCAAGCGGUGGGAAGGCUCCUGGGGAAAGCCAUCAUCGACGAGCAAAUGCUGCCGUUUCACUUUUGUGUCCCGCUGUUCAAGAUGUUGCUGGGGUACCCCGUCUCGAUCGAAGACGUUCGGUACUUGGACCCGACCGUGUAUUCGAGCUUGACCUACAUUCGCGACUGCGAUGACGUGGACGAUUUGGCGCUGACGUUCAGUGUGAGUGUGGACACGGAUGUACCGGAAGUGGAGCUGGUGGUCGGGGGUCGGGACGUGGGGGUGACCAACGCCAACAAGGCCGAGUACGUGGAGAGAAUGGUGCAGUACUUGAUGUUUGAGCGCGUGGCGCCGCAGCUGCAGCGGCUGGUGCAGGGUCUGUACGACGUGUUGCCCCAGGAGCUGCUCAUGCCGUUCGACUACAAGGAGCUGGAGCUGAUUUUGUGUGGGUUUUCAGAGAUCGACGUGGGUGACUGGAAGCGGUCCACGAUCGUGUCCAAGUCGCUCGAGGACGUCGUCGGGUGGUUCUGGGACGUUGUCGAGUUUGACAUGACGCCCUCUGACCGGGCCAAGCUGCUCCAGUUCACCACUGGGUCGUCCCGCGUACCCCUCCAAGGCUUCCGUGGGUUGACCAGUCACGACGGCCAGCUGUGCCCGUUUUCACUACAUGGCGUCAAGUACCAUCCGCAGGAGUUGCCCAAGGUCCACUCGUGUUAUAACCGCAUGGACCUGCCGAUUUACCCCACGCGAGAAGAGCUUCGAAGUGCACUGUUCUUUCUCGUUUCGAUUGAAGACUUGGUGUUCACAUUGCUGUAACUUGGAAAACAGUGCGCUUGUACUAUUAAUACAGUACCAGUAUUGUGAUUUUGGAUA